AUGGCUACAAUAAAGCAGUUGCCUUACGACGUGAUUGCUCACAUUCUGGGAAAUAAAAGCAUCAACAGCGAAGAUCUAAUGAGAUUCGGCUCCACGUGCAAAAGCCAACUACUUUCCGAUUUGACUCGUGAAUAUAACUUUAAGCUAAUUUUUUACUGUCUGAAACAGUAUCGAUUUAUACAUAAGCAAAUAAAAUUUAUGAAAAUGUCGGAGACAAAAUUGCUUUUGGAAAAACAACUUACAAUCGCGGCGCAAUAUUUUCAGCCACAUGUAUCUUAUUCAGUCGUAAAAUUGUGGUUAGAUAAUAUAGUGCAAACAGUACUAUCUCGUUUAAAAAAUAAAUAUCCAGCUCAUUCAAUUUGCUCUACGACUUUAGAGCAAUUUUCUUUUUGGAGAGAUAACAAUAUUGAUGACAAUUUCUGGAAUGAAACAGAAUCCAAGCAAAUUAUGUGUAUUCUUGAAGAAUAUAUAUUUUCGGAGUUAGAGAUCCAUAAAUUACAUCAAUUAUUAAUGUCAUCAGAUCUCGAAGCCAAAUAUAUAAAAUAUGUGACUAGAAGGCUCGGCAUAUGCAACGUUUUGAAUGUAACAUAUAAAGAAGACAUUGUAGUUAUAUGGAAACCAGAAUAUAAUACAAACAAUUGGGAUAAUGCAGAGUAUUUUCAUAUAAACCAGAAUUCCAAGCUACUUUAUCCAUCGAACAUUGUCAAAAGGAGAUAUCAGAAUAAUGAACUUAUACUGGCGGAGCCAUCAAGUGAUAUUGAGUUGACACAAGAGAUAAUGAGAAAUUUCUACCGUAAACUAAUGUAUAAUAAUUAUGAUUGCGAAUGGAAUUUCAACGUCUUCUUCAAUUUCCUAAACCAAUGCUAUGAUGAAGAUAUUGGAAACAUAGAUAUUGAAACUGAAUAUGAAAACAUUACGAAUAUAAUAGAGAUUAGAUCUAACGCUGUAGUAAAUAAACCAUUAAAAAGAAGGCCAACAAAGUUUAAGUUUGCCGUUGGAAUGAUCGUAACGCAUACAUGGUUCGGUCAUUUCUGUGAUAAUCAUGACGGUGUAAUAGUUGGGUGGCACCAUGAAUGUGAAAGAAUGUUUAAAGACAAAUUGGAAAAGACUAUUAUGUUCCCAUAUCUACGUCAAUUCAGUAGACAUUAUCACUUUUGCAUGUGUAAAAAAUUUUCAAAAAGUGCCCGUCAACCGCACUAUAUAAUUCUCACCGAGAAUAAUACAAUAUGUUAUGGGCGACAAGAUCAACUAUCGAUACGUCCACCAAGAAAGAUCAAGAACAUAGAAAUUGGAAGGUAUUUCUCCAGAUUCGAAGGCACUUAUUACGUACCGAAUGAAAGUUUAAGAAAACGUUAUCCAAAAGAUACUGCUACAAUAGCCAAAAUACUUGCUAAACAGUAG